CAUUUAACAACAUGGCUUCCCUUCCCAUCCUUACGGUUCUUGACCACUCCCACGUAUCGCCACCACCGGCCACCGUAGCCGACGCUUCUCUGCCGCUCACUUUCUUCGACAUCUUAUGGCUAACCUUUUCUCCGGUUCACCAUCUCUUCUUCUAUGAACUCCCAUCUGUCUCUAAAACCCAUUUCAUCGAAGAUAUUGUUCCCAAUCUCAAACAAUCCUUAUCGAUCACCCUCCAACAUUUUUUCCCUUUUACAGGGAACUUGAUCGUUUUUUCAUCUCCUACCCGAAAACCUGAAAUCCGUUAUGUUGACGGCGACUCAGUUGCGUUCACUAUUGCAGAGUCUGCUCUUGAUUUCGACGAUCUUACCGGAAACCACCCUCGAGACUGUGGUAAGUUUUAUCAUCUUAUACCUCUAUUGCCGGAAGCUACAAAAGAAUCCGAUCAUGUAAAGAUUCCGGUGUUCUCCGUUCAAGUGACGUUUUUUCCAAACUCUGGUAUCUCCAUCGGAAUGACCAAUCAUCAUAGCCUUGGUGAUGCCAGCACUCGAUUUUGUUUCUUGAAGGCAUGGACGUCGAUCGCUAGAUCUGGUUCAGAUGAGUCGUUUCUAGCUAAUGGAACUUUGCCCAUUUUCGAUAGAGUUGUAAACUACCCGAAAAUAGAUGAACUCUAUCUCAAGAACUUGGAGAUUGAAACUACUUUUAACAAAGAUUAUCAACCUCCAAGACUUUCUGCACCAACCGAUAAAGUUCGAGCCACGUUUAUCUUGACUCGAACUGUCAUCAAUCGAUUGAAGAAAUGGGUUUCAACCGAGCUGCCAACAUUACCAUACGUAUCAUCUUUUACAGUAUUAUGUGCGUAUAUCUGGAGUUGCAUCGCGAAAUCACGCAACGAUGAGCUGGAAAUAUUUGGUUUCUCGGUCGAUUGUAGGGCACGAAUCGAUCCACCGAUUCCGGCAGCCUAUUUCGGGAACUGUGUCGCUCUAUGUAUGUCCAUCGCAAAAACCGAUCUUUUAACAGGAAACGAUGGAUUCUUGAACGCUGCAAAAUUGCAUGGAGAAAAUCUACAUAAGAUGUUGACCGAUAAAGAUGGAGUCGUGAACGAUAAAUGGCCGUUUGGUGGUUUAUUAUCGCAAGGGACGCCAACGACAAUGAUGGGGGUUGCCGGAACACCAAAGCUGAAAUUUUACGAAUUGGAUUAUGGAUGGGGGAAACCCAGAAAGCACGAAACGAUUUCUAUCGAUUAUAAUGAUUCCAUAUCUCUAAGCGCCUGUAAAGAAUCGAACGAAGAUCUGGAGAUCGGUGUGUGCCUUUCAGCCAUUGAGAUGGAAGCUUUCAUUCCCAUCUUUAACAAGGGAUUAGAAGCAUGCUUUUAGAUUCAGCAUAGAAAUCUGUUGUUUCAAAUUUUCAUAUCAUUUCAGUUGUUUUUGUUGUCUUGUUUACGUUUCUUUUUAUGAUCGUUUCUAUCUCAUAAAUACGUUUCUUUGUCC